GAGCAAAAAUAGGAAAACAAGUGCCUUCAAAUACAUUGUGCGAUAUGCCUGGAAGCUUUAAACUUUCAAAUGACAGACAUCACAUGUGCGAACAAUGGAACGACAUGGUUUUCGGACAAAAAUGA